UUGUCAUCUGUAGUAAACUUCUCACCGAAUAGUCAUAUGAUCGUCACGGGAAAGGGCGAGUCCGAUUUCGAUUUUGACGGAUCUGUGUUUCGUGUGGUGUAGUUGUAAAAUUCUAACGAACGAUCUUCCAAAAUGAAGGGUUGUAUGUUCAAUAUUGAUGGGGGAUACUUGGAAGGUCUUUGUCGUGGAUUUAAAUGUGGAAUUCUUCAGCAGAGUGACUACCUCAAUCUUGUACAAUGCGAGACCCUUGAAGAUUUGAAAUUGCAUUUGGCGGGUACUGACUAUGGUACCUUCUUGGCUAAUGAACCAUCACCAUUGUCAGUCAGUGUAAUUGAUGACAAAUUGAGAGAAAAACUUGUUCUAGAAUUUCAACACAUGCGUAACCAUUCUGUUGAGCCACUGUCGCAGUUUUUAGAUUUCAUUACCUACAGUUACAUGAUUGAUAACAUUAUUUUAUUAAUCACUGGCACUUUGCAUCAAAGACCAAUUUCUGAACUGAUCCCUAAAUGUCAUCCUCUUGGCAGUUUUGAACAAAUGGAAGCUAUUCAUGUAGCAACUACACCUGCUGAAUUAUACAGUGCAGUCUUGGUGGAUACUCCUUUGGCUCCGUUUUUUGUGGAUUGUAUUUCUGAACAAGAUUUAGAUGAAAUGAACAUUGAAAUAAUCAGAAAUACUUUAUAUAAAGCUUACUUGGAAGCAUUUUAUAAAUUCUGUAAAAAAAUUGGUGGAACAACUGCAGAUACUAUGUGUGAAAUACUUGCGUUUGAAGCGGACAGGCGAGCAAUUAUUAUAACUAUCAAUUCAUUUGGAACUGAAUUGGGUAAAGAUGAUAGGGCAAAAUUAUAUCCACGCUGUGGAAAAUUAAAUCCUGAUGGAUUAGCAGCAUUGGCAAGAGCUGAUGAUUAUGAACAAGUUAAAGCAGUGGCAGAAUAUUAUGCUGAGUACAGUGCUUUGUUCGAAGGUGCUGGAAACAAUCCUGGUGACAAGACUUUAGAAGAUAAGUUCUUUGAACAUGAGGUUUGUUUAAAUGUUCAUGCCUUCCUUCAACAAUUUCACUUUGGAGUAUUCUACAGUUACCUUAAACUAAAAGAACAAGAAUGUCGCAAUAUUGUAUGGAUAGCAGAAUGCGUAGCACAGAAGCAUAGAGCUAAGAUAGACAAUUACAUUCCAAUCUUUUAAUGUUCUCUAAUAUUUUGUUGUAUCAAUUAUUUGUUCAGGUAUACAAUAAUACACAAGAAAGGUGACUCUUUCUCCUUUUUAUUUCUCAAUCAUGAGUAAUUGAAAAAUUCUGCACAGUAUUUCUGAUUGUCAAAAAGGGGAAACUGCCAAAUACAUGCAACAUAUAAAUAUUUAAUUCAUAAUUAAAUAAAUAAGGCAAUUAUAUGUCUAGCCAAACUGAAAGAAUGGUAUUAAAAGAAUUAUCAUUUAGCACUGUUAUUAUCAUAUAUAACAAGAGUUUAUAUCAUAUAGUUGUAUAUAAUGUAUUUUAUUGUAGACCAGUAUAUCUGUUGUGUCUUAUAUUAUCUGAUGUUAUAAUUACUAAUUCCACUGUAAUAUAAAACGAUAUUAUAAUACAUUCCAUAAGAUUGGAAAAAUCAAUUUGAAUGAUGUCUUACACGUGAGAUUUGUUCAUUCGUUAAUAAUUGUAUUAAAAAAAAGUAAAAUAUUUUGUUGUGUAUGUGGAAAUUAAAAAUACUUGUACAGA